AUGCUCAUGGCACUACCUCACCUGCCCCACCAAGUAAUUCCGGUGAGUUUCCAGCGGCUGAAGUUGCAAGAGACCACCCCCAUGCUUCACGAGUUGGUAGACUAUGUACACAACCAAUGGAUCAACACCAACACUUUUCCACCCAGAUCCUGGAGUGUCCACGGACAGCCUGUCUGUACCAAUAAUGACAUCGAGGGAUGGCACAACUCCCUCGACCGACGUGCUGGUGGUAGAGUCAUCUACCUUUCUACCUACUGGUCCAGCUGCUCCAUGGAGAGUCCUCUGUGUGCACUGUCCAAGUUCAACUCGUCAAUGCCAGAAAACUUCAAAGGAUCCAGGAUAAAAAAUAUCGUGCACUUCAAGCAAGAAUCUUUGGCUACUGGGAAGACAAUGCUGCCAGUAAAAUUUCAAGUUGGCGACUUCUUAAAGCAUGCUCUUACUUAG